AUGAUAAGCAAGAAUAAAAAUGUAGGUAAUAAUAAUACUAAUGUCCCACAAAAAGCAGAUGAUUUUUAUGAAAAUCUGGUGACUAAAACUAAUGUUAAUCCAGCUGAAGGAGCACCACCACCGCCUUUGCCAGUUGGAGGUGAAAACCUUACAGAUUAUUUUACACCAAGAAAAACAUCGGGAGGAUCACAAAAGAAUGGGAGAACUCAAACACCACAAGCAGCACAAACACUACAAUUUGGACAACCUUUACAACAUGGAAAAACGAUGCAAGGUGGAAAAACACUACCAGCACCACAAACAAUACAAUUUGGGGCAGCUCUAACACAAGAAAAACCCAUGUUUAGCGGAAUACCUGAAAAAACUAGACCGAAUCAACCUGCACCAACAAUACAUUUUGGGGCACCUGUAACACAUGGAAAAACGAUGCAAAGUGGGAAAACACUACCAGCACCAGAAACAAUACAAUUUGGGGCCCCUCUAACACAUGGAAAAACUAUGUUAAGCGGAAUACCUGAAAAAACUAGACCGAAUCAACAUGCACCAACAAUACAUUUUGGGGCACCUGUAACACAUGGAAAAACGAUGCAAAGUGGAAAAACACUACCAGCACCAGAAACAAUACAAUUUGGGCCACCUCUAACACAUGGAAAAACUAUGUUAAGUGGAAUACCUGAAAAAACUAGACCAAAUCAACAUGCACCAACAAUACAUUUUGGGGCACCUCUAGCACAUGGAAAAACCCAACAUGGACAAACUCAACAUGGACAGACCCAACAUGGACAGACCCAACAUGGACAGACCCAACAUGGGCAAACUCAACAUGGACAAACCCAACAUGGACAGACCCAACAUGGACAAACCCAACAUGAACAAACUCAACAUGGGCAAACUCAACAUGGACAAACCCAACAUGGACAAACUCAACAUGGACAGACGCAACAUGGAAAAACGAUACAUUUAGAAUCUGGUUUCCAAACUCUUAAAUUUUCAAAGCAUCAAAGUCAUAAUACAGAAGUUCCAUGUAGUAAAAGUGCUUCUGCAACUACAACAAACGGUAUUAGUACUAGUAAUGUUACAACUAAAUUUUCAAGUAAUAGAACUAAGAAAGAAUCUACUAAAAGAGAAAAAGAUAAAGAUAAAGGUAAAGAAAAGGGUAAUGAAAAAGAAAAUGGAGAUAAACCACAAGGUGAAAAUAAUAAUGAUCCAGUAGAAGAAUCCUUACAACUAAAUGUUCCUUGUGAAGGAGUUGUUGAUUUUUUUGUAAUACAUCAUAAAUUAGACAAAAGAAAUCUUUACGGUGAUUUUACUUCUAUUCUUGAUUAUACAAGACUUGUUUUUAACUUUAUGAGUAAUCCAACUAAAAAUCGUUUUAAUAAUGUUUUAUGUUUUAAUGAAGGUGCUGUUAAUUUAAAAGUUAAUAAUCCUGAAGAAGGAGAAUAUAUUCAUGCUAGUCGUUUUGUUACCAUGGAAGGAGGAUAUAUUAUGACACAAGCUCCAUUACCAAAUACAUUAGAAGAUUUCUGGAGAGUGGUAUGGCAAGAAAAUGUAACAGUUAUCGUUAGUUUUGUUGAUUUUUUAAAUCUUGAUGAAUGUACUGAGUAUUUUAAUUUAAAAAAAGGAAAAAAAAAACAAUUUGGUAAUUUUUCAAUUAAAACAUUUGAAAUUGAAAAUCUUUCUGGUUAUAAUGGGUUUUUUUUAAAAGUUAGUUGUAAAGGUGAAAAUGGAGUAAGAGAGGUAUCUGUAAUUCAAUGGUUAGAUUGGCCUGUUGAUAACUUAGUAGAUAUAGAAGGUUUGGUAAAUCUUAUGCAAAUUGUUUGGAAUCUUGAAAAAGGUGGAAAAGAAGUUAAAUGUAGUUCUCCAUCCAUGACAUUAGUUCAUGGAACUAGUGGAACAAGAAGAACAGGAACAUUUGUUGUUUUAAGUUUAAUCUGUAAACAGUUAUUUUUAAAAAAUAAAUGUAACUUAAUUUCAACUGCUUUGUUGGUAAGAAAAUAUCGUCACAAUGUUUUAAGAGAUAAAAAUAUGUUUAUCAUUCUUCUACUUUCAAUGAUAAAAUUUUCAGUAAAUAUGAAAUUAUUAAGAAAAGAUCACAAAUAUAUUGAUAAAGUUGAACAUAUUAUAAAAUCUGCAUUUAAUAAUGUCCCACCAGUUGGAAAAAAAAUCAAAUCACGACAGGAGAAGUCUCACAAAAAUAAAUAA